ACUUCCAUGGAGAGUCAGAAUAGGAGGCUCUCCUGGUUAAAUCCUUCCUCCAUGAGAGUAAUUUUUCUUCGCUUUCUUCUCAUGUUAUAAUUAGGGCUCGAGAAUUUUCGUUCCCAAAACAAUAAGUUUACGGUUUAUUUCUCUUGGCCUAUUCGAUCUCCGGGCUCGGGAAGAUGCUUCCGCUAUCACUCCUGAAGACGGCCCAAGGGCAUCCCAUGCUGGUGGAGCUGAAGAACGGGGAGACGUACAAUGGACACUUGGUGAACUGUGAUACCUGGAUGAACAUUCACCUCCGUGAGGUCAUUUGUACCUCAAAGGAUGGAGACAGGUUUUGGAGGAUGCCUGAAUGCUAUAUUCGAGGGAAUACCAUUAAAUAUCUUCGCGUUCCUGAUGAGGUCAUUGACAAAGUUCAAGAAGAAACCACCAAGAGCCGUUCAGACAGGAAACCACCUGGUGUUGGCCGUGGAAGGGGAAGAGGUAGAGAGGAUGGCGGCAGCGGUAGGUCAGCCAAAGGCAUUGGACGUCAGGAAGACGGUGGCAAAGGUGGUCGUGGCAAGGGUGGAGCUGGUGGUAAAGGUGGCGGCGGCAGAGGUAUGGUUUCCCCUCUUUGCGGCGGGCGUGGCCGUGGUUGAUACAGAUCAAGAAAAUGCCACUUUUAAAGGCUUUUCUUUGUGUUUGCAUAGUUAACCUCAAUGUGAAGAAUGAAUCAAUAGAUGCAACUUAUAAGAUCGCUUCGCUUUUGUUCUGGGCCUAGCGAAUUUCUGCUGCAUGAUAUGAUUUGAUGUGUGAGGAAGCUUUGAGUGAAAUUAUUUUAAUGUUCUCGAUUGUUCCUGAUUUGCUUUUCUAUAGACAUAAGGAUCAGCUGGGAUCUAUUGCAAUUCAGUGUCUUCCUUUCCCCCUU